GCGCUUAGGGGACGGAGGGUGGGCAAGAGGUUCCCCGGGGUUCCGGGAAGAGCUGCAAGUGUCCCUUCCCUUCUCGCCCUUUGUCCCCGCGCCACCUCCGAGCAUUCUGUCUGGAGAUCCCAGGGGCAAGGACCAGGGAGGGGGUCAAGGGUGGGGACCCAGGCGGGACCCAGGCGCGCCCAGCUCUGCGCCCCGCCCGCCACGUCUCCUCCGGGCCACGCCACCGAGGCCGCCCCCUCGCGGGCAGCUCGGGCGCCGGGUGUUCGCUCUCGGCAGCAGCGGGCCCGGGUUGCCAUGGUGACCGGCGGCAGCCACAGCAGGGCCGGCCCCAGCGCCAGCGCCGCGGCGGCUCGGCAGGGCGCAGUGUGUGGGUGAGCGCGGCCGGAGCGGGCGCGGCCCGGCCUCAGCAUGGAGGACGGCUUCUCCAGCUAUAGCAGCCUGUACGACACGUCCUCGCUGCUGCAAUUCUGCAACGAUGACAGCGCAUCUGCCGCCAGCAGCAUGGACGUAUCAGACCGCAUCGCCUCUCUGGAGCAGCGAGUCCAGAUGCAGGAGGAUGACAUCCAGCUGCUCAAGUCUGCGCUGGCCGACGUGGUUCGGAGGCUGAACAUCACGGAGGAGCAACAGGCUGUGCUGAACAGGAAAGGACCGACCAAAGCGAGACCACUGGGGCAGACCCUGCCACUGAGAAGCACCGUCAACAAUGGCACCGUGUUACCAAAGAAACCCAGCGCUUCCCUCCCCUCCCCCUCGGGGUCCAGGAAAGAAAUGGCUGUGCCGGUAACCAAAAGCAUCAAUAGGACCAGCUCUUCUGAACGAGUGUCUCCUGGUGGCCGGAGGGAGAGCUCCGGGGACUCCAAAGGAAGCCGGAACCGCACAGGCUCCACCAGCAGCUCCUCCAGUGGUAAGAAGAACGAGAGCAAACCCAAGGAGCCUGCAUUCAGUCCAGCCCUUCAGUCUCCGAAACCCCAAGGGAAGCGCCGGGUGACGCACUGCAAAGAAGAAGGAUAUGUAAAAAUGUUUCUUCGAGGCCGCCCCGUCACCAUGUACAUGCCCAAAGACCAAGUGGAUUCUUACAGUUUGGAAGCAAAAGCAGAAUUGCCGACAAAGCGUCUGAAGCUGGAGUGGGUCUACGGGUACCGGGGUCGGGACUGUCGCAAUAACCUGUACCUGCUGCCGACCGGGGAGACCGUGUACUUCAUCGCAUCGGUCGUGGUGCUUUACAACGUGGAGGAGCAGCUGCAGAGGCACUACGCCGGCCACAGCGAUGACGUCAAGUGCCUAGCGGUCCAUCCUGACAGGAUCACCAUAGCAACAGGACAAGUCGCAGGCACAUCUAAGGAUGGAAAGCAACUGCCGCCCCACGUGCGCAUCUGGGACUCCGUGACGCUGAACACGCUGCACGUCAUCGGAAUAGGCUUUUUCGACCGGGCUGUCACCUGCAUCGCAUUCUCAAAAUCUAACGGAGGAAGCCACCUCUGUGCUGUGGACGACUCCAACGAUCACGUGCUGUCUGUGUGGGACUGGCAGAAAGAAGAGAGACUGGCUGAUGUGAAGUGUUCGAAUGAAGCGGUUUUCGCCGCGGAUUUCCACCCCACAGACACCAAUAUCAUCGUCACCUGCGGGAAGUCACACCUCUACUUUUGGACCCUCGAAGGAAAUUCCCUCAACAAGAAGCAAGGGUUGUUUGAGAAACAAGAGAAGCCAAAGUUUGUCCUUUGCGUGACGUUUUCUGAAAACGGUGACACCAUUACCGGAGACUCAAGCGGCAACAUCUUGGUGUGGGGAAAAGGUACAAAUCGGAUAAGCUACGCAGUCCAAGGGGCCCACGAGGGUGGCAUUUUUGCACUCUGUAUGUUGAGAGAUGGCACGUUGGUGUCAGGAGGAGGGAAGGACCGGAGGCUCAUUUCCUGGAACGGAAACUAUCAAAAACUUCACAAAACAGAGAUUCCUGAGCAGUUUGGCCCAAUACGGACAGUGGCGGAGGGGAAGGGCACUGCCAUCUUAAUAGGUACAACUAGAAACUUCGUCCUGCAGGGCACCUUGUCGGGGGAGUUCGCACCCAUCACUCAGGGUCACACUGAUGAGCUCUGGGGGCUGGCCAUCCAUGCCUCCAAACCUCAGUUCUUGACCUGUGGGCAUGACAGGCAUGCCACUCUCUGGGACGCUGUCAGUCACCGGCCAGUCUGGGACAAAAUCAUAGAGGAUCCAGCUCAGUCCUCCGGUUUUCAUCCUUCAGGAUCUGUGGUUGCCGUGGGGACACUGACUGGGAGGUGGUUUGUGUUUGACACGGAAACAAAGGACUUGGUCACCGUCCACACAGAUGGAAAUGAGCAGCUGUCAGUGAUGCGUUAUUCACCAGAUGGGAACUUCCUAGCGAUAGGCUCCCACGACAACAGCAUCUACAUAUACGGAGUCGGUGACAACGGGAGGAAAUACACUCGAGUUGGCAAGUGCUCCGGUCAUUCCAGCUUCAUCACCCACCUGGACUGGUCCAUGAACUCACAAUUCCUGGUGUCAAACUCCGGGGACUAUGAGAUCCUUUACUGGGUUCCGUCCGCCUGUAAGCAGGUCGUGAGUGUGGAAACCACGAGGGACAUCGAGUGGGCCACCUACACCUGCACCUUGGGGUUCCACGUCUUCGGAGUGUGGCCGGAGGGCUCGGAUGGCACGGACAUCAAUGCCGUCUGCCGCGCCCACGAGAGAAAGCUCCUGUCCACGGGCGAUGACUUUGGGAAGGUGCACCUCUUCGCGUACCCCUGCUCACAAUUCAGGGCUCCAAGCCACAUCUACAGCGGACACAGCAGCCACGUCACCAACGUCGACUUCCUCUGCGAAGACAGCCACCUCAUCUCCACGGGUGGGAAAGACACGAGCAUCAUGCAGUGGCGGGUCAUUUAGUGCCCACCGGAUCCCUGGGAGCAGAUCGUGCCCAAGGAGAAGACGGACUCGCGUUCCGCUUGGUCACUGUGAUUUCUGUCUUGUCUACAAACUGUUAACAAACCUCAGGAAAACUGUCCCACUACCGGUUACCUUAGUUGGGGAGCCAGCGUGAGUCACACCAGAGAAGCAGUCUCAUGUCCGCUUGUGUCAUAGAGUGCAGGAUAGAGUGCAUGUUGGGUAAAGAAAAUUCCCAAGGUUUACAUGGCAGUGGCAUCAACAGAAGGGACUGGUGUGUCCUUUGGUGUGUCCUUAUAGUCACUUUUCUAUGAACUCUUCAAAAAACGGUCACAGAAUGCCUUUUAAAAUAUUGUAUAUAGUCUUCACUGUUUCACUUGCUGUCAGAUAUUUAUGAUCAUGAAGUACGGAACUGGGGUCGUCGCUGACUAACUGGUCCUAAAAGGAUGAGUCACAGAACUGAUUUGCCCAGCUGAAUCAGGAAUGCAAAUACCAGACUCCCCUUGGUCAUGUAACUAGAGAGCUCAUUAACUCCUCCCUUUGGGAGGCUGGUGGGAAAGGGGCUGUGUUCUCCCUGGAUAGGCAGUUUUUACUACAGACCCCCUGGGCUUCGGUGGGGUGGACGGGUGCUUCCCCGCUCUGGUUAGACUGUCCUGCCUGGGGACGCAGCCAGCUUCUUUGGCACCUCCACAAAUUGUACCCCAAGUCUCUGUUCGGGUGCCCUGAUUAAUGGCGAGACAUAUAGCCACCUCCCUCUGUGUGUUAAUGGCAUUGUUGUCCUCGUAUAGAGUUUAGCAGCUUGUGAUAAAAGGCCUGAGGCAGGACCUUGCUGCGUGUGCUCUGGACACUGGACAUUUGUACCCGACAACCAAGUACAUCAAGUCGGAGAGGGACCCUCUUCGGUAUGGCUGCAUCCUGUGGUGUACAGCAUCUCUGAGGCUCUGGGUGCUAAGGCAGCUUCCUUUCCUGACUUGGUGCACGGAGAGCGCACAGCAUAUGGACUGAAACUCUGCUCCAAUGACUAGAACGUAGGUGGUCUGAAAGUGUCAAGAAGGCCUUACCCAUUGUGUGACAGAUUGAAUUGAUUGUUUACAUUGGGGACUGUAUCUCGGAUCUUUAACUAGAAGAAUCACAAACAGACUGAAGGACAAAUGAUGGAUUUUUUUUUAACUCAUUUAAGCAAGUAAGUGAAUUGAGUUAUUUGAACUCUCUAGCACUGGUUGUUUAGAGUGGCUGAUGAAGGACAACAUGAAGACAGUGCCCUCGCCACCACUAGCCUGCUGUGAAAGGGCAGAGCACCAGAAAAUAACAUGACUCAAGAUGAAGCUGUUUGUAUGUAUCCGUAUCAAAUAUAUUGUAUAAUGAAAUAAAACCUGGAAAGUGGA